GUUUGUGCAUGUUCAUUUUUAUUGUCAUCGUGGCACCAUCUUUGAGCAAAAAUAACUGAUUUCUUGCAAAUUUGAUUGAACAUUUCAUAAGUUGAGGGUCUGGUCUUUCGUCAUGUUUAAGAGGAAAUUAGAAGCUCUGCAGUAUCAUCAAGUUGAUCUCGAUAUAAAGGAUGAAAUGAAAUGGCGUAAUCUGGUUGUGUGGCUUGAAGAUCAAAAGGUUCGAUUGUACAAGAUAGAAGAACGAGAAGAGCUUAGAAAUUUUAUCAGUGGUGACUGGCCAAAGGCAUAUCAAAAGUAUUUGAAGGAUAUACAGUGUCCAGUGGAAGCUGGUGACAGAGAAGGCGUCUGUGAAUGGCUGCUUGCUCAAGCAGUCAGGUUGGACUACGGAGAAAAUGUGGGUACUUACAAGGCGAUAUCUGGGAAUGGUCCUUCACAGCAAAAUUCAUCUUCCUCGCACCCAGCGUCUGACGAUCCUUUUCAUCAUUUAGACGUAAAUGAACCAAACUUCAAAGCAGGUCUAGCGUCGGUAUGUUUACUACUGAAUAUACCAGAGCACUAUGACCCAGUGACUACACUAGAAGCAGUUAGUGUCUUGAUUCAAGAGAGAUUAAUGCAAGGUGGUGCUGUCACUGCUGAUGAGGGUGUUGAUUUUGAGUUGAAAAACUACGAGUUAGGAUUUUCUACAGAAGAUCCAGCAUUGGAUGAAGCUGCUCGCAUCCUACGUCUUCUUCAUGUAUCCGAACUUCGCGAUCUACAAACUCAGAUAAACGAAUCCAUAGUAGCGGUCCAGACAAUCACAGCCAAUCCGAAGACAGAUCAGAAACUCGGCAAGGUCGGACGGUGACAUCGGGUCAGAGGGUAGACUGUGAUGCUCAUUGUUAGGUCAUUGGUUCAUUUAAUCUUGGCAUGCCUUGAUGUAAUGCAUGAUGGACCUAAAUUGGCUUGUGUGCAAGAUUGGUCAUAAAGACUCCAGUACUUGUAGACUUGCAUGAAAAAAUAACCCGCAAACAAAACGCUACAUAAAGCAUUGUCGUAUUAGGAAAAAGAUGCAUAGCCAUAAAAUACUGGUAUUCUAAAUAUCUCCGUUCCAAACCGCAAACCAAAUAUAUAUAUAGAUACCUCACCAUGCAAUGCCUCAAAUCGCAUAUCUACGUUCCACUUCUGGAACAAAAAUAGCGCGAAGCACAAGGUUGUUCUUUCUGUACAAAUUGAUUGAAGUUACGGUCUAAAGCUUGAAGUUUAUCAAUGAACGUGUCAGACAUUUACUACAACUAUUGUAUUUUGGGCGACAGCACACAAAUAUAUGGUGCUGAAUGUGGCUCCAGUUGUGUGCUGCUUGAGAAUGAUGUGCUGGAGAUGUACUUACCUCAAACACUGGACAUCAAGUACUGUUUACAUCAAGAGUUGACAUAAAAUAUUGCAUUUACGUGAGUUGAUUUCAUUUGAUAUUUAAUGAUGAAUUUACGAACGAAGGAAGCCUCACCAUGCAAUGCCUCAAAUCCUAUAAAGCUGAAGUCUCUCAUAAUAUUGGUCAUAGUACCAAAAAACAGGGUUAAAAAAAGUAUUUAUUCAUAACUUCCUAAAUUGGACAUUACUACCUGAUUGUGAUAGUGGUUGCGAUACAUGGCAGGCUGUCAUAGAGCACUAUGUUCCUUACGUUAUCCCUCCAGCUCACGUCUAGAGCCAUCCUCAGCAUGCAUGAAUAGCAGACAUCAAACUCUGCCUAUUGCUUUAUAGUAAGGGUCCAGGCCUUAGAGCCGUACAGUAUAACGGACUCCAAGAACAAAUCCGUUUAUUUGCUAUUUGGUUUUUUUCUUCAAAUCCUUGUAUUGGCUGUUGUAGCCCAAAGCCUUACCCAAAAUGGCACAAACAAGAUUAUCGUCUUGAAAUUUGGUUAAUUUAACAAUAUUUAUCACUGUGGAAAGAUAAACCUUAUUUGUAUUCAUUUCUCUACUUGGCACAAACAAGAUUAUCGUCUUGAAAUUUGGUUAAUUUAACAAUAUUUAUCACUGUGGAAAGAUAACCCUUAUUUGUAUUCAUUUGUCUACUUGGCAUUAAAAUGUUCACAAUGAAUAUUGAUAUGA